UUUUAUUCCUACAAAUCUCUGCAAAGACAAGUUAUGUCAACAAGUACAUUAAUUAAUUUGGUACGGAAUGGAGGGUAUCAAGUAAGAAGGAGAGCUGUGUUGACAUCCCGCCUCUUGCAAGACGAGAAGCGUCCAACAACUGCCUGCUACAGCUCCACCUCUGAGCAUCGUGCUUCCCGCUUCGAUCCAGAUGGGAGUGGGCGACCUGCCACAUGGGAUACCUUUGGCAUCUGGGACAAUCGCAUUGAUGAACCUAUUCUUCUUCCACCAAGCAUAAAGUAUGGGAAGCCAAUUCCAAAAGUAAGCCUGGCCAAUGUGGGCUGCAGUAGCCAUAUUGGGAAACGCAAGGAAAAUGAAGACCGCUUUCAUUAUGCUGAGCUGACAAAGGAUGUCCUGUACUUUGCAGUAUAUGAUGGACAUGGUGGGGCAGCAGCAGCUGAUUUCUGUGAUAAGUACAUGGAAAAAUAUAUUAAAGAAUUUCUUGCUGAGGAGGAGAACUUGGAAAAUGUUCUGAACAAAGCUUUUCUAGAAAUAAACAAAGCAUAUGAAAGGCAUGCUCAUCUGUCUACUGAUGCAACUCUGAUGAACUCUGGGACCACUGCAACAGUGGCUCUGCUCCGGGAUGGUAUUGAGCUAGUUGUGGCAAGUGUGGGAGACAGUCGCGCUUUGCUGUGUCGAAAGGGGAAGGCCAUGAAACUCACCACUGACCAUACUCCAGAAAGAAAAGAAGAGAAGGAAAGGAUUAGGAAUUGCGGUGGCUUCAUUACCUGGAACAGUCUGGGACAACCUCAUGUGAAUGGCAGACUUGCAAUGACACGGAGCAUAGGAGAUUUGGAUCUUAAAAACAGUGGAGUGAUAGCCCAACCAGAAACAAAAAGGGUUCAGUUGCAGCACGCUGAUGACAGCUUCCUAGUCCUCACUACAGAUGGUAUUAACUUCAUGGUGAACAGUCAGGAGAUCUGUGACUUCAUUAGCCAGUGCCAUGAUCCUCCUGAAGCUGCCCACGUUGUUACCGAGCAGGCAAUACAGUUUGGCACUGAAGACAACAGCACGGUUGUCAUAGUACCAUUUGGAGCAUGGGGGAAGUACAAAAAUGGUGAAAUCAACUUUUCCUUCAGCCGCAGUUUUGCUUCCAGUGGGAGGUGGGCAUGAAGACCUGCCACAGCUAUCCUUUCCUGCCAUAAUCUGGGCACAGCGUGCUACAGGAGAAAACACCCAUCUAUUCAUAGGCUGACUCAGUGUCUUGUCCAUCUCUUCUGCUUCCAGUGUUAUAGAAGAUGCUACUGUUCUGUUGGUGCGUAAUGACCCAUUGUUGCUUAUGGCUGAUCACAUUUUGCUGUGGUUAUUUAUUCCAGUUGGCAUUGAGGCAGCUAUUUCUUUAGGUUUGUAGUCCCAGUAACUCUGCACAUUACUUUGUUCGCAUAGAUAAGGCUCUGGGCUUUCACCUAAAGCUGGAGUUGCACAAUUGUUUCAUACCUACUUCUGCUACCCAGGACCCUUCAUUAUGUAGCUGUGUAUGCCUGAGUCUGAGCCACACGCUGGCUUCUUUGUACAUUAAUACUUGGGGGAACAAACGCACAGUGUUCUUAGUUAGACAAAAAUCAGGUUUGUUGUCUUCCUCUGUUGUGCAGCCACCCAAAACUCCCCCGUGCUUCAGAAGUGGGUGAAAAAUAAGGGAGAGGUGUUUAGGUUCUGAUGCCAGUGACAUUUUGUGUAGCUGAACUUUCUGAGUGCUGCUUUGCAGGGCUUUAUUACUCUCAUCAUCAUUAUCAUCAUCCGUGAUCCUCUGGCUCCAAGGAGAUGGAGCAGGCUGGAGUUACAUGCCGUUGCACAGAUGGGAACGUUCCUUCAUUGGGUCCAAAGCCUGUAUGGUCUCUGUGGAUCACACAGCAGCCCCUUGCACUGUCUUCUCUUUGGUGUGCCAGCGCUUGACAGGAGCAUA